CAAAAUGGAAAAUUAGAGGCCGACGACAUCCACCAUUCCUGUUCCCAAGGCAAUCCGGCUUUUCUCCUCCAGGAGCGGUGAAGGAAGGGAAGCGCGUAUACAGAUUUUACCGGCGAAGAAUCAGAAGCAUCUGUAUGAAAUCGAUUACAAAAGCGAGCUUCAAACUGAACAAAGCCUAACUAGGGUUCGGACUUCUCCCUCUCCCGCUUGCCCACUCAGGUGAAUCCCUCUCUCUUCCUAUAUCACGUUUUCCCUGAAUUGGCCACUGCGUGGAUUGUGUUUCGAAUUCCAUUGCUUCUUUUCAGCCCCAGUGAUACAGUCUUCUGUUCCGCACGGCAUUUGGUUUACGAAUUAGUUCUGGGUUGUGAUUGUAUUUUUGAAUUGGGUAUUCAGGAACAGGCUAGUUUUUUUUUCUUCUUUUUACUAUGGAGAUGCCCCCUUUAGUUCUUGCAUAAGCUUCCACUCAGGGACAUUCCAAAUCUGACCUUGAGUUUCAUGUACAGCUGCAAGCCCUCAUUUGCCCCUAAGUAGUUUCGUUGAUAUGGGUAAGUUUUAAGAAAUAGGAGGUAGCCGGUUCCUUUUAGGAUAUAUUUUGGGUAAAGACGUCACCUUUAGAAUUGCAGUAGAUGGUUGCUUGCUCUUAGUGCUGGGUUUUGUUAAAUUUUCAAGAAACAGACCUCCCAAAUGUUUGUUUUGGUGCAGAAUAUCCGGUUUUCAAAAUGACUCCUGUAUGCCCGUUUGUGAAAGCUGCUCGGCCUGACGAUGCAUCAUCCAAAAAGCUUGGGGAAAGUCCGAACAAACAUGGGUCUGAGAAUGAGGGGAAGGCAAAGAAAGAGUCGAGUGAUUCUGCCAGCGUCUCUCCUAAAUGUCCCUUUGGAUAUGAUUCCGGGACCUUCAAAUUGGGUCCUCUCAGUUGUAUGAUCUGCCAAGCACUUCUCUUUGACUGUUCAAAGUGCAUUCCUUGUUCUCAUGUAUACUGCAAAGUCUGCAUCUCGCGCUUCAAGGACUGUCCUUUGUGUGGAGCUGACAUCGAGAAGACCGAAGCUGAUACCGAUCUUCAAAGUGUAGUUGAUCGCUUCAUUGAAGGUCAUGCUAGAAUCAAGAGGUCUAAUACUGAUGCAGAUAAAGAUGCAGGUGGAGAUACAAAGAUUGUGUAUGAGGAUGUGUCUUUGGAAAGAGGUGCUUUCUUGGUCCAACAAGCCAUGAGGGCAUUCCGUGCUCAAAAUGUGGAAAGUGCCAAAUCAAGACUCCGUCUUUGUGUUGAUGACAUCCGGGGACAGAUAGAAAUAAUGGGCAAUACAUCCGAGUUGUGCUCACAACUUGGAGCAGUCCUCGGAACACUUGGUGACUGCUGUCGGGCAACAGGAGAUGCUAGUUCUGCCAUUAAUUAUUUUGAAGAGAGUGUUGAGUUCCUUACAAAAUUACCCACAGAUAAUCUGGAGAUCACACACACACUUUCUGUCUCUCUUAACAAAAUUGGAGAUCUGAAGUAUUAUGCUGGAGACAUGGAAGCUGCAAGGUCGUUCUACUCGCGAUCACUUAAUGUGCGUCGUGAUGCCAUGCAACAUCAUCCUAAUGUCCCAUCCCAGACCCUAGACGUUGCUGUUUCCCUCGCAAAGGUUGCUGAUGUUGACAGAAGCAUAGGCAAUGAAGAUGAUGCUGCUGGUGGGUUUCAAGAGGCCAUAAAAUUGCUGAAGUCUUUGACAUUAAAACCCGAAGAAGUUGGUCUUGAGCAACGGCGGCUUUCAGUACUGGAAUUUCUCAAUAGUCAACUUGGAGGCUAGCACCAAGCCUCAUGAAGUUGGAUCAAAACCUCCUGCAGCUUGUUGUUUAGAACAAGACCAAUGAUGUCAGAAUAAUAACUCGCCCCCACUUCCUGAUGUAUAUAGUAUAUACAUGAUUCUCCAAAAGAGACUGUGCCCUUAUGAACACAGAACAUCAUCAGGCUUUCCCACAUCAUGCAUACAAAGAUCUUAGCUACGUUCAUAUGUUGCUGACGUCUUUUGAGGCAAAGUUGUAUCCCGGGAACUGGCUCUGAUCAGUGGUUUGUUACUGUCAGAAUGGAUGUUGGUUCAUGUUAUUUCUUUCGUUUAUGAGGUUCACUCUAUUGCAAGUGUUCUGCAAAUGCUUUAUCCUCAUGGCAACGCGUACAUGCUAAUGAUACGAGAAAAUUAAUAAUUUUUCUACUGUAUUAGAUCAAGUUUCGUUGCGAAUUUCUUCCCUUACUGAAAUUCACCUUCCUCGCUAUUUUAAGCGUCUUGUUUAUCAUGGAACUACAUGUUUCUUUUUUCUGACGUUUGCUAUAUAUGAAGGGUAAAUAAGAGUUUUAUGGAACU